AUGAUCAUAAAGGAAGAGUUGCUCAUUUCUGAAGAAUUUUAAAAACCUUAAAUUAUUCCUGCGGAUGUUGUUGGAUGGUCAAAAAACAUCAUUAGAACUUGUGAGCAAUAAAAUAUCGUUGAAUACACUGGAUAGGUUUUUGGUGUCUUUUCAUAAGAUAUCACUAAAAACUUUAAAACCUAUUAAGAAUUACCACCUCACUGGAGCGCAUUAGUUAGAUUAGAUUUGAUGCUAUAUGGAAGUGUAGAUCAAAAAGAAGGAGAUUAUGCUGCAAUUAUUAUUGACUCAUAUCCUUAGGAUAGUUAUACAAAAAAUGAUAAAGAUGGCUAUAAAAUUUGCUCUGAUUCUAGAGGUUUUUUUAAUUAGCUUUUCAACGAUGCAAUCUACCCAUAUCAAAAGAAUGUUACUCAUACUAAUAGCUCAUUAACAAUCUAAAUAGAAUCUAAAUUUACUGGAGAUAAUUCCCCAAAGGACUAUGAAGGUUAUGCUUUUAAACAUGUUUCUGUUUAUAUUGAUACUUGUUAUGAUAGUUGCUAAAGCUGUAAUGGUCCUUCUGCUAAUUAAUGCACAGUUUGUAUAGAUAAAGCAGUUUAAGUAAAUGGUAUUUGUACUUGUACAGGUUAAUUAUUUGCAUACAAAUUUGAAUGUAUUUCAGAUUGUCCUUAUGGUUUUGCAGGAAAUCCUGUUACAAAAAUAUGCGAAUAAUCUAAAUGCUUAAAAAAUUGUGGAAAUUGUGUAAAUUAAGAAUGCAUACAAUGCAAUUAUCCAAAUAAAUUAAUUAAUGGAGAAUGCGUUUCUUAAUGCCCUUCUUACUCUAUAGACAAAGGUACAUACUGCGAAGAUAAAUUAUCAGGGUUAAACUAUGGAGGAUAUGUUUUUAAAGGAGUUUACUCAUCUAAUUUUGGUGAUAGUGAAAUACAAGGUUAAGGUUUAAAACUUCUUAAUUUUAAAAAUGGUGGAGCAACUUUUAGUAGCUGUUCAGGAGAAAGAUAUAUUGGUGGAUGGAAUAUUGCAGGCUCAGGCUCUGAAAUUAGAAGAGAGCUAAAUAAUUUCAAACCUCAUUCAUCAAUAAGAAUAGGCUUUAAAUAUAUAAUGAUAGAUAAUUGGGGUAAAAAUGAAAACCUUUAAGUUGUUUUAGAUAACAAAAACAUUAUAUCUAAUAUUAAUAAAGAAUCAGCUACCUCAUAAGGUAAUAUUUGUGGUAAUACUUAUCCUGAAGCUAUAGGUGUAUAUGAUUAUAAUAGUACUCAUAUAAGCUCUUCUCUUAUUAUUUCAAUAAAAACCAACUUAAAUUCUGAAAAAUCUCCUUUCGAAGCAUCUUUUGGAAUUAGAGAACUAUUUAUUUUAGUCAAUUAUUGCUCAGAUAAUUGCCUAGAAUGCAACUAAAAAGGAUGUACCAAAUGCUCUCAAGGAACUUAUCUCUACGAAUAUAAUUGUUAAACUUCUUGUCCUACUGAUCUUGGAUUUUGGGCUAAUUUUAAAACAAAUACUUGUGAUAUUUGCUAAGAUAAUUGUUUAACAUGUGAUUUAUCAGCAACAUUAUGCUUAAAAUGCAAACCUGGAACUUAUUUAUAUAACAAAUCAUGCUCAAAAACAUGUCCAAAUGGAUACGCUCCAAACUAGGCUACAUUAACAUGUGAUAAAUGCCAUUAAAACUGCAAAACUUGCAAAUCUCCUAAUGAUGAUACAUAAUGCGAUUCAUGCUAAGGCUAAAGAUUUUUAAGUGGCACUUAAUGUUUAGAAUUAUGCCCAGAUGGGCUAUAUGGAGAAUAUAAUGGAAAUUAUUGUGCUCCUUGCAAUGUUAACUGCUUAACUUGUAAAGGAAAAACAAAUGCAGACUGUUUGUCUUGUAAGAAAAAUGCAUUGUACUAACCUGAUGAUAAUACUUGUGGAGAUAAGUGCAAGACAAAUUAAUACAUUAAUGGUAAUAAUUGCACUCCGUGUGAUUAAACUUGUAAAACAUGCAGCGGAGGAACUCCAAAUGAUUGUAAAGAUUGUAGCUCAGUCAGUAAUAGAUAUUUUUUUGCUAAUCAAUGCCUUUCUUUAUGUCCAGAUCAAUAUUACCCAGAUAAAGAUUCAUAAAAAUGCAAAAAAUGUGAUUCUACUUGCUUCAACUGCACUGGCCCAGGCUAAAAUCAAUGCACUUAAUGCAGUGGAGAUUUAUACUUAAAUGCUGGAAAUAAGUGUCUGAAUAGUUGUCCAAACGGUUAAUUCAAAAAUUCAACAAAUAAUAAAUGCGAAUCAUGUGAUUCUAAUUGUGUUACUUGCAGCACAGCUAAGAAUAUUUGCACUUCAUGCAAAACUAAUUAAUUUUUAGACACAGAUGGAAUUUGUAAAAGUAGCUGCCCUGAAGGAAAAUGGACAAAUUAAGCAAAAUAAAUAUGUGAAUUAUGUGAUCCUAAUUGUAAAACUUGUGAUGCUGCUAGUAAGAGUAAUUGUACAUCUUGUAGUUCUCCUUUGUUUCUAGAUAAAAAUAGCAAAAAAUGUGUUGAUCCUUGCCCUUCUAAAUAUUUUGGAAAUAAAUCAAGCUUAUCAUGUGAUAAAUGUGAAAACACUUGCUAAGAAUGUACUGGAGAAAAUAGUAAUUAAUGCACUAAAUGUAGUGGUAACCUAUUCUUAGAUAAUAAUAAAUGUGUUACUAAUUGCUAGCCAGGAAAGUUUUCAAAUUAAAUUACGAAUAAUUGUGAUAUGUGUGAUUAAACUUUGUGCAAAGAAUGUAUUGAUUCUAGUACGAAUUGUACGAAAUGUGAUAUUAACUUAUAUCUUAGUAAUAACACUUGUUUAGUCACUUGUCCUAAAGGAUAUUAUGCAAAUUCAUCAAAUGGUAAAUGUGAUCCUUGUAAUACCAGUUGCGAAACAUGCUUUGGUCCAAAUGAUAAUUAAUGCACAAAUUGUAGUGGAGAUUUAUUUUUUGAUCCUGUUUCAUAAUAAUGUGUGGGAAUUUGCUAAUAAAAAUACUAUGCAAACAAAGACAAUAAUUAAUGUAUGGAUUGUCACAAAUCAUGCUUAGAAUGUUCAGGUUCACUAAAGAAUUAGUGCACAAGCUGUCCAGAUAAAUUUAUUUUAUUCAAAAAUGAAUGUAUCUCUAAUUGUCCUGACUAAUAUUUUAAAGAUCCAAACGCUUAUAAUUGCAUUAAAUGCGAUCCAAGCUGCUAUAACUGUAGUGAUAGUAGCCCAAACUCUUGUAAUGCUUGUAAAGGAAAUCUAUUUUUGACACCUUCAAAUUAAUGCUUAGAAGAUUGUCCAGAUGGAACUUAUAAGGAUGAGCAAGAAAAUAUUUGUAAAAAAUGUGAUUCAAGCUGCUUAACUUGUUCUGGACCUGAUAAAAAUAACUGUACAAAGUGUCCAAAAGAUACAUACUUAGAAGAUAAUAUAUGUAAAAAAGAAUGCACGAAUGGAUGGAAAAAUGCAAGUAGUAAUAUUUGCGACGCUUGCAAUAAAUAAUGCCAGAAAUGUGAUGGCCCUAAUCAAAAUAAUUGUUUGGAAUGCCCUACUGGGACAUUUUAUAAUUCUUUGGAUAAUACGUGUGGAACAGAAUGCCCCUCAAAUUAUUAUGCGAACACUUCAAAUAAUAAAUGCGAUAAAUGUGAUAAAACCUGUAAAAACUGUACUGAUAAUGGAUCAGAUAAAUGCUCAGAAUGUGAAGAUAUUCUAUUUUUGAAAGAUGGUAAAUAUUGCUCACCUGAUUGUAAUGAUAAUGAAUAUGGUAACAUUUUAAAUAAUAAAUGUGAACUUUGUGACAAAAAAUGCAAAACUUGCAAAGAUAAAGCUGAUUAAUGCACUGCAUGUAAUUCUGGUACUUUCUUAAUUGAUGGUAAAUGCUAGUUAGAUUGUCCAGACUCUACAUUUAAAAACGAUAAGCUCAAUAUUUGUGAUAAAUGCAAUAAUUUAUGUCUUACUUGCUCUGGUUCAUCUAUUUUUGACUGUAAUUCUUGUAAAGAAGGUACUUAUUUAGAUAAAAGUAAAAAUACUUGCGUUUCUUAAUGCCCGAGUAAAUACUUUGGAGAUUCUUCAUCAAAUACAUGUUUAGAAUGUAUUGAAAAUUGUGAUGUGUGCUCUGAUCAUAAAACAUGCUCAAAGUGUUUAAGUGGAUUCUUCCUUUUUUAUGGAUAAUGCUUAGACUAAUGUCCAACUAAAUAUUUUAGUGAUUAAAAAACUUAAUAAUGUAUUUCUUGUUCUUAGAAUUGCUAAACUUGUUUUGAUUCUACAAUCAAUGGAUGCUUGACAUGUAUAUCUGGAACAUUUAAAAACUCUGAUAAUAAUAGCUGCUUAUAUGAGACUGAAUGUCCAUCAGGUAAAUAUCCAGAUUUAAAUACUCAAAAAUGUGAAUCAUGUUUCUCAACAUGUACUGAAUGUACUGGAAAGGAUGAAAAUCAAUGUAGAUAAUGCAUUCAAGAUAGAUUGUUUUAUAAAGGUGAGUGCUUAAAAGAAUGUCCUAGCAAUACUUUUAAAUUUGAUGAUAUGUGUAUUGAUUGUCAUUCAUCAUGCUCUACAUGCUAUGGUAGCUCUUAAUAAAAAUGCUUAACAUGCUCUUCAGGACUUCUAUAAGAAGGUAGUUGUGUUGACCAUUGCUUAUAAAAUUACUAUCCAGCUAUUAAAAAUGGACAACAAAUGUGUCUUAUGUGUAAUGAAUAAUGCUCUAAAUGUAAUGGUCCUGAUUCAAAUAAUUGUACUGAAUGUUCUUCUAAUUUGUUCAUGUACUAAAAUAAAUGCGUAGAAAACUGCCCUGUUUUUCACAUUUAUGAUGAUAAAAGAGAGUGUUAAUUGUGUACAAAAUCAAUAAAAAACAACAAAUGUGUAGAUGAGUGUGGUUAAAAUGAUUAUUUAGAUAAAAAGACAUUAAUAUGUUAACCGUGUGCAACAGAGUGUCAAACGUGUUAUGGCCCUACUACAAACGAAUGUAAAUUAUGCUCAGCUGGGUACUUUUUAGAUGUUUAAAAAAACCAGUGCACAUAAAAUUGCCCAGAAAAAUAUUUUCCUAACAAAUAAAAGAAUCUAUGCGAAAAAUGUGAUUCAAAAUGUGAUACAUGCAGCAACUAAGGAGAUUCAAAUUGUUUGAGCUGCAAUAACCCUUUGGUGCUAUUUGAAGGAAAAUGUUUAAAAGAUGCUCCUAAUGGAUAUUAUAAAGACAGAGAAGAAUUUAAAAAAUGCAAAGAAGAUUGUAAGACUUGUGAUGGACCUAGUUCUAGUCAUUGUUUAUCAUGCCCAGAACACUUCUUUAUUUUAGAGAAAAAAUGUUACAAACAGUGUCCUCCAACAUACUUCAAUAAUGAGAGCUUAAUGCAAUGUACAAAAUGUAGAGGCGUGUGUAAGGAAUGCUAAAGUUAAGAUUAUUGCUUAAGUUGUCACAGUAAUUAGUAUGCUCAUCAAGGAACUUGUGUAGCUAGUUGUGACCCUAUACUCACAUUUCAAGAUGAAAAUUAAAAAUAAUGUGUCUUAUGCCAUUCAAGCUGCAAUACUAACGGAUGUUUAGGACCUGAAUAAGGGGACUGUAUUAAUGUAGGAGAAAGUGGAUUUGAUUUAUUGAUUGUAAAAAUUUUAACACUUAAAACAGUUCUUUGGAUAGUUAGCUCGAUAGUUGGAAUAAUUUUAGACUAUAAAAAUUCAAAAUCUAUUGGUAAAUUUGGAUAAGUUAGACCAAGCAAAAAAUAGUUAAGUAUUCAUGUUAGUGAUUAGCAAGUAAGGGAUAUAAUUAGAAGAGAGAAAAAAGAUAUAAAUUUUUAAGGUACAUAAUUGAAUGUAAAUGAAUCUUCUAACAGGAAAAAAAGAACUUUGAAAGUUCGUACUUCUAUGAUUUCAAUGCUUCCUAGCGCGCUUGAACAAACAGAUAUUAAAUAGAGUGCUUGCGGGGAAUAUUUAGAAGCUGAAUCUCCUUCGAAAAAAAGUAUCACAAACUACUCUUCUGCAAAUAUACAGAGUUAACUCUAAAUGCUACCCUAUUAGCAAUCAUCUAACGAUAUAAAUAUUUCACCAACUUGUAGAACACUAGAUAAAAAUGGUAUCAGUAAUGAAAAUAAUAUUACAGAUUUUAAAAUUACUCCUAGACCAAUCAUUAAAUAACCUACUUUACCCAAAAUUAGUGAUGCUAUUCCUACUUUCUAAAAUAUGGAAGAAUAAAUUAGCUCAGAUAAAAAGUGUGAGAAUGAGUCAUCGAAAGAUAUUGAUUAGGUAUCUUAGGGUAAUGAGAAAAAUACAAAUAUUUUUAGCUACCCAAGAAAACUUUAUUACACUUUAAUUGGUAAUGAAAUCAUCUCUCUUAUAGCCUUAUAUGACCCAUAAAGAAGUAGACUAUUCAGAUCUUCAAUGAUAUAUCUGAAAUACUUGGUUCUUUUCUUUAUGACUUAUGUUUCUUCAAAAACAAAUUAUGGUGUAGCAUUUGCUGGAUUAUUAACUGCUAUUGCUUUUAAAGGAAUAACUUAACAUAUUUUAUCAUAAAUUGGAUUGUGCCUUAGAAAAGCAGGGCUUCUUUCAUUAGUUUUUGUUAUGAUAAUUACAGGAACUGACAUUGGUUUCUGGUUUGUACCUAAAGUAUAAAAAAUGAGCAAAAAUUUUGACUUAUAGUGGUCUUUUACUUAUAUUCUUCUAUUUACCUCUGACUUUCUAAUAGUAUAAUCUCUGAUUUCUUUUGCCAGUUAUAUUGUUACUGUUAGAUCUAAUUUCGUGGAUAACUCCAGGCUUAAAAAUGUUUUGUUAAAUUUUUUGUUUUAAUAGCCUACUUUGCUGUAAAAUAAAAAUUGA